AUGAAAUCAACAAGAGUUAAAUCAGAAUUGGACUUGCUUAUACAUCAAGAAAUGAUAAAUGUAAAAUCAACUAUUCAAUCAAAUGUUUUAGAUAUGUUUUUUGGUCUAUUUUCAUUUUUGACCAUGAAGUUCAGGAAGUCCGAAAGAACCAUACAACAACAACAAGAAGAAAAAGAUGAAGAUGCACGCUUUCUUCGGCAAAUAGGCUAUACACAAGAGCUCUAUCGUGGAUUUUCUCCAUUUAUGUCAUUUUCAUUUUGUUUCACAGCUGUCAACGUGCUCACAGCAAUUUCGCUUGGUUUCACUUAUCAAAUGAAUCGAGGUGGUUCAGGUGUGGCCAUAUGGAGUUGGAUCAUUGGAUCUUUCUUUACAAUUCUCAUCGGAUUUUCAUUAGCAGAAAUAUGUUCAGUCUAUCCUAGUGCAGGUUCUGUUUAUCAUUGGUCCGGUAUGCUUGUGCCUCUGCGAUAUGCACCAUUAGCUUCUUUUACCUGUGGAUGGUUCAAUUUUUUUGGUAAUGUUGCAGGUGAUGCAGCGUUUGCAUCUGGUUUUGCAACUAUGGUGAAUACUGCAGUUGUACUAAAUGGAAAAUCAUCAUUGAAUACUGGAGAACAAGUAGGCAUUGCUAUAGCAAUUACAUUUGUAUGGACUCUUAUCAAUACUCUACGAAUCGACAAACAAGGAUGGAUCAAUAACAUAGCUGCAUUUUUUCAGAUCAGCUCUGUAAUCAUUAUCGUCAUUGUUCUUCUUGUUAUGGCUCCAGAACGAGCUACUGCUACGGAUGUUUUCACAUCUACCUACAAAAAUACCGAAUUUUCUUUUGGUUAUGUGUACUGUAUUGGAAUACUUUCAACACUUUUUAUAUUCUCUGGCUAUGAAGCUGGUGCUCAUUUGGCGGAAGAGACUAGAGGUGCUACCAGAGCAGCACCCAGAAGUAUCGUUGGUACAUGUGUAUGCAGUGCAAUUUUCGGUGUUGUCUAUUUACUCGCUCUUCUUUUUGUCAUUCCGGAUGUGACCACAUUUAUGAGUGCGAAUAGUGGUGAUAAUGAAACAAUCAAUCUCGUCGUAGCUGUCUUUCAAUCGGUUUUACCACAUAGAGGUGCACUUUCACUUACUAUUCUACUUAUUAUUAAUCUUCAUUUUGCCGGUACAUCAUCCAUGACAGUCACAAGUCGAAUUGGCUUUGCAAUGGCUCGUGAUGGCAUAUUCCCAUUUUCAAAACAGCUUCGUUGGGUAUGGGAACGGCAAAAAAUACCUUUAGUCAAUGUUAUCUUUGUAUUUACCAUUGAUACACUCUUUCUACUACUUCAACUUGUAUCGGAAGCAGCAUUUAGUUCUAUCAUUGCUGUUACUACACUAGGCUAUCAAAUAUCAUAUCUAAUGCCUAUUCUUUUUCGUUGCACAACUGCUCGACAUACAUUUCAUUUGGGUGAAUUUAAUUUAGGACGAUUUAGUGUUCCAGUUGCAAUCAUCUCAUGUAUAUGGCUUUCUAUUACAUCGAUUCUUAUGUUUUUACCUUUUGAGUAUCCAAUAACAAAAGAUAGUAUGAACUAUGCCAUAGUAAUUAUUGGUGGUGUUGCAUUAAUUGCAUCGAUCUAUUGGAUUUUUUGGGCUAGACACUUCUUCGUUGGACCAAAACCACCUUAUAUCAUUGAUCCAAUGCCGUUACCACCUGGACAUGUUACAGCUGAAGAUGUUUCGACAAGACCGGUACCCAAUCCACCUAUUAGUAUGGUCUCUCAGCUGUGA